UUUAACUCACAGGCCAUGCGAUUUCAUCAAAAUCCGAUAUCCGCUGCACCCAAUAUCUCAUUUUUUGACAAAAAAUUGCUAAAAAAUAGAUUGAGAGGUAAGAAUUUUAUCGUUUUCAAUCAUUUUCAUUAGACCCCCCAAAAAACAAAACUUUCUAUUAAAUGGUGCACAAAUGAUGGGAUUGUGAAAAACUUUUGGGAUCGUUGGUGGAUGGUUUUCGACAAACCACCCAACAACAAUCUUGAUAUCCCCUUCUAUUUCAUAAAAAAAUUGUAUGUUGAGUUUGUUUUAAACAAACAUGUGAACUACUUUGACAUCCAACCUUUCUAGGGUGUAGGUUUAGGUAUGCCCCAAAAUAGACCUAGGGCAGUCAGAGUAGUCCAGGGCCCAUAUGUCCCACCUCCUCCUAUUGAUCCCCCACCCGCAGUGCAGCAUCCUGAUAUCAUUUGUGAGGCGGCUUCAUGGACCAUAUCAGCUAUUCACUCUUUGAGUAGCCUUUUGGUUUCUCAGGCUGUGUUAGUAGUUCAGCCUACUCUUGAUGGUAGCGGUGCAUCCGGUGCCGUUGAUACGUCAUCCUCGGCUCCACACAUAUGCGUGCCCCAUAGUUGUGUCAUGUGUGGGCACGUAUGCUUGGGUCCAGUUAGACAACUCGUUGAUCCUCCUAUGGACAAUGCAGAUUAUGAGGUGCAUGAGAUGCAUGAUGCACCAGAUGUUAUUACACAGACUGGAGGAUACCCUGGAGAGUCCUCACAUGCUAGAGGCGAGGAGGCACUGUCAUCAUACAUUGAUGAUGUAGUGUUGAUGACUGAGGAUGAGUUGAGACAAAUUCAGGAGGGCACCUUGUCAGCCAUUUCAUUUGGCCUUGAUAGCUUGAAGAUACAUAUAUUAUUGCACCUAGUCGUUUGUAUUUUAUUGUACAUACAUGCUCAUCAUUUAUAUUGGUAUUAAUUAGAUUAUGUAGUAACUUGCAUGUCUAUCUUAUUUUACUCUUGUAGGGCACAAGUAGCACGAGUAUGGGGCAGUGUGAUUUAGGAUUUGGUAGUGCAGUUGGAGACAAGGGAAAGGUAAUUGAAUGCAAAUAUGAUUGAAUGAAUAGUUUAAAUAACUUAUAGUGACUAUACAUGUCUAGACAUAGAUUGAUAGUUUCAUAUACUUGUUGUGUAUAUAUAUAGAGAAUUCUUGGCUUCACAUCCUUGAUGACUACACCCAGUAUACCUGAAGAAGAAGAAGAGAUGCCUUGAGUAGAUGUGUGUUUAUUUUAUUUUUUGAUUAGUAGAUAUAAUUUGUUCUUAUCAAUGACAAUUAUAUGCUAACUUGUAUCAAUGUCAUGUUUUUGAACAUAUGUAUGUUGUGUACGAAAAUAUUCAAAACAUACCUCCUCUACCAAAGACAUACAUCAAGAGUCCUGCAAAGCUAAAGAGAAAACAUGGAGAUGAGGAUCCUUCAGAGCCGAGCAGUGCGGCAAAGAGGAUCGAUUUUGAUGAUCCAUUAGCAACUUAGGAUGUUAUAGAUAGUUUUGGGAUGCAUACAUGUCUAGUUGGCAUGUAUAUUUUGUAUAUGGACAUACAUUCACAUAUUUAGACAUACAUUUUAUUUCA